CGUGGCCGGACGGCAGAUGGGUCCGCGGCGUCCCGAGGCGAGGCGCUGACGUGAGCUUGGCUCACCUGGGCGGGGAAGGUGAGGGCCGGUGUGGGACUGGGAGCGGAACCUGCAGUCCCUACCUGCGCAGAGCCAGGUGUUGCUUGCCCAACCGGCCGAGGAGAGCAGUGGCGACGGGUGAUCCUAACUGGGGACUUGGUUCGGAGGGACGUUCGCUUCUGGCAGCAGGAUUGAAGAAAGGUGGGGGCGCCAACGUCUGGAGCCUCGCUUGAGGGAGGGAGGACACGCCCGCCGGUGAAGAAGCGUCCCCUUCAGAGUUUGUGGGGAUCAUGGCUCUCCACCCCCGCAGAGUUCGGCUGAAGCCCUGGUUGGUGGCCCAAGUGGAUAGUGGCCUGUACCCUGGGCUCAUCUGGCUACAUAGGGACUCCAAACGCUUCCAGAUUCCCUGGAAACAUGCCACCCGGCAUAGCCCCCAACAGGAGGAGGAAAACACCAUUUUCAAGGCCUGGGCUGUGGAGACAGGGAAGUACCAGGAAGGGGUGGAUGACCCCGACCCAGCUAAAUGGAAGGCCCAGCUCCGCUGUGCGCUCAACAAGAGCAGGGAAUUCAACCUGAUGUACGACGGCACCAAGGAGGUGCCCAUGAACCCAGUGAAGAUAUAUCAAGUGUGUGACAUCCCCCAGCCCCAGGGCUCUAUCAUUAACCCAGGAUCCACUGGAUCUGCUCCUUGGGAUGAGAAAGAUAAUGAUGUGGAUGAAGAAGAUGAGGAAGAUGAGCUGGACCAGUCACAGCACCACGUUCCCAUCCAGGACACCUUCCCCUUCCUGAACAUCAAUGGUUCUCCCAUAGCACCAGCCAGUGUGGGCAACUGCAGUGUGGGCAACUGCAGCCCCGAAGCAGUGUGGCCCAAAACGGAACCUCUGGAGAUGGAAGUACCCCAGGCACCUAUACAGCCUUUCUAUAGCUCUCCAGAGCUGUGGAUCAGCUCUCUCCCAAUGACUGACCUGGACAUCAAAUUUCAGUACCGUGGGAAGGAGUAUGCACAGACCAUGACGGUGAGCAACCCCCAGGGCUGCAGGCUCUUCUAUGGAGACUUGGGUCCCAUGCCUGACCAGGAGGAGCUCUUUGGUCCCGUCAGCCUGGAACAGGUCAAGUUCCCAGGUCCGGAGCACAUCACCAAUGAGAAGCAGAAGCUGUUCACCAGCAAACUGCUAGACGUCAUGGACAGAGGACUGAUCCUGGAGGUCAGCGGUCAUGCCAUCUAUGCUAUCAGGCUGUGCCAGUGCAAGGUGUACUGGUCUGGGCCAUGUGCCCCAUCGCUUGUUGCCCCCAACCUGAUCGAGAGACAAAAGAAGGUCAAACUGUUUUGUCUGGAAACGUUCCUUAGUGAUCUCAUUGCCCACCAGAAAGGACAGAUAGAGAAACAGCCACCAUUUGAGAUCUACUUAUGCUUUGGGGAAGAAUGGCCAGAUGGGAAACCUCAGGAAAGGAAACUCAUCUUGGUUCAGGUCAUUCCAGUGGUGGCUCGGAUGAUCUAUGAGAUGUUUUCUGGUGAUUUCACACGAUCCUUUGACAGUGGCAGUGUCCGCCUGCAGAUCUCAACUCCAGACAUCAAGGAUAACAUUGUUGCUCAGCUGAAGCAGCUGUACCGCAUCCUGCAAACCCAGGAAAGCUGGCAGCCCAUGCAGCCCACCCCCAGCAUGCAACUGUCCCCUGCCCUGCCAGCCCAGAUGAAAUUAUACAUAAUUUAAACUCCAGGACCUAAAUGGAAAACAAGAUGCUUAUCUCUGGUUGCAGGUUCCAACCCUCCUGAAUACUGAUACCUAUGUGUGCCAUGCCAUAUUAAGAAAGUCCAUGUCUGGUCUGCUACCCUUAAAGCAAGCCACCUCCUACUUGCUACUGUAGUUGAGCUAGCUGUAAAGUUGGGCUAGCUUUAUUUCAAAAACCCCUCAAUCACAAGUGGCAAUGGACUUAUUUAGAAAGCUUAAGCUGUGGUUUUAGGGUCUCUAAGGGACCUAGUAGUAUCUGCUGUUACUAAAGCAUGACCAAGAGAAAUCUGGGUGUUCUCUCUAAGGGACCUAGUAGAAUCUGCUGUUACUAAAGCAUGACCAAGAGAAAUCUGGGUGCUCAGGUGCUCAGCUGUAAGCAGAAGUUGGGCUUCUAGAGACCAGGAAAUGUGCAAGGUAUAGGAACUUUAUAUUUUGGGGGCAUUCUUUUGAGUGGGUGAAGUGAGGGAUUUGGUCUUGAUGUCUGGCUCCCUCUGUCUCUUAUCUGCAAAGCUCAAAGUUAAAAAGAACCCACAGAAAAUACAUUGGGAGGGCAACUGCUGGAUCUGGGCUGGUCCCUUCCCCUUAUUCUGUGAGAUGCUAACAGCCAGGCUGUACACCUGGGUGGGGGCCCAGAAAAUGUGAGCUGGCAAAGGGUGUAGAGAACAGUGUUCUUAAGUGCCAAGAAGGAUCGAACUUUUAGUAUGUGAUUGUAAUGAAAAGCUGAUGAAUAUGUUAGAGGAAUGGAUGAGUGGUUUUAUGUAGUCUUAACCCAGUAGUGUAGUUUCUUCCUUGUUCUUUAUCCUUUUCAGAAUACUGGGAGAGUGCACGCAGGGCUCUCCACUGAUCUCCCUCAGUGCUCCUUCUGUGGUCCUGAUGCCAGGUGUCCUUUCUUGGAGACUCAGUCUGCUAUCUCCUUUGGUGGCUACACCAAUCAUUCCCUUGGUGUUUUCUACUUCCUUGCCUUCACCUUGCUUAAGACUGGGAAGGGAGUUAGGUGGUGUCCCCAGCUUUUCAUUUUCUCACUGUCCACCCCACUAAACUAGAUUAGCUGUAGGUGUAAAUCGGGAGGGCAAAUGUUGGAUCUGGACUGGUCCCUUGCCCACAUAAUUAGGUCCCUGGCUAUAUGUUCCCAUAGCACCCUAUAGUUCCUCUUUCAGAAUAAUCAAUUCCCUUGUAAUUACUCAGUUUGUGUCCUGCAUGACUACAGACUUGCUGGAGGUAGGGACUUGGACUUUGCUGUCAGCCCUUAGCACAAUGUCUGGUACAUAGUAUGUUCUCAAAUAUUUAUUGUUAGAAUAAAUGCAUUAACUCAAUACGUCCUUCAUUUCAGAAACUGAUUGCU